AAAUUUUAAAUGUUAUCAUCACGGGAUUCGAGGAGUACGGGAAGCGUUGGUCACCUAACUUUACACCCGUCGCUAAUAAUUACUCAUUCAAUAUUUGUAUUUUGUACAUUAAUAGUGACAACUGACAAUAUGAAUUGAUUCUGCAGUGAUUCAUAAUAAUAUACCAUAGACUUAUAAAUUUAACCAUAUUAUAUUUAUAUGUCCAUAUAACAUACCAAAUUAGUCUUUCGGUAAUUUUAUUUCUACGCUUUUUCGCUAAUUAUGAUGGACGAUGAUAUUCACACUUGGUGGGAGAUACCAAGUAUAGUACAUUUUUGUAAUACUCUUGCCCUUGUCGCUAAAGAUAUCAGUCAAAUAGACAUAAAUCAAUUUGAAAAUGCAGUUGAAGAGAAUUCAUGUAUGUUGACUGAUAUAGCAUUCCGAUUUUCAAAAGUGUGUGGUUAUUGGAAAUUUUAUCGAGACCCAAAUGAAUGGUGGAAUUAUAUGAAACGAAAAUUUUUGAGUAAAUGCACUAUUUACAACUUUAAAUAUUCACUUGAUUCAGCAACAUAUUUUGAUGAUUUAACACGAAAACAAAAAGUUGAAUUUCUUUACAUCUAUUGCAAUAUUAUUCUUGAUGUUAGGCAUAUUCAAAAUAAAAUCUACAAUAAUUCUGACAUAUGGCACAUGUUAAACAUAAAACCAUUAGGUUAUGACCAUAAUAAAUCAGUGUAUUGGUAUUUUGGUACCAAUAAAUUAUAUAGAGAAGACUUUGAUCACUCAUUUAUAAUGUCUACUGGCUUACCAGGAAAUCGAAAUCGCCUUAAAGUAAUGCCAUAUGAACCUUAUCCAUCAGGAGUUUUUGGCUCAGGAAAAUGGAAUACAAUAUGUGAUAAUAUCAACAGUUGGCAGUCAUUAGCUGAUAAUUUUAAAUACAGAACAAAUGUAAAUGUAAAAAAAUUACAUAAAGCAAUAUCUGAUAUUAUAAAAAAUCUUCCUGAAGUAAGGAGAAACAAAUUCCAUUAUAAGUACAUAAAACCUAAAAGGACUUAUGGAAGAACUCUUCAGUCUACGGGUGUCACGGAUGCUGAAAAAAAAUUGAUUUCAAAUUCUAAUGUUAUUCAGCAAAAACAAUACUCACAAAAUGUUAUAGAGAACCAAAAAAAACAUAAAUAUAAUUCAACGGUUUCUCAAAGGACUGAAGCAUCUAAUCUUAACAUACAAGACCAAAACCUAAAUAUUUCAUACUCUUCAAAUGUGUUUGACAAUGAUAUGAAUAAUGUAAAUGCUAAUGACUGUGAUCAAGAAAAUAAUCAUAAUUUAAAUGACUUAAAACGUAGAUUAAGAUCUUCAACAAAUGGAACUCUAACACCGCCAUUCAAAAAUUUAAAUUAUUACUCCUCUAAAACUUAAUUUAUCAGUUUAUCACUUUAAUAUAGUUUUACGUUUAUAAAAUUAAUAUAGUAAGA